GUACCAUACAGCUAGCGGGACGGUGCGCAUUACGUUUUUUUUAUCGCGAUAUGUGUGACAUUGAACUGUUAAUUUCACUCGUGAAACAACAUCAAUGCAUCUGGAACGUGGAUCAUGAAGAUUACCACAAUCCAUAUAAUAAAGAGCAAGCUUGGAAGGAGAUAUGUAAAGAAAUGUGUGAGAAUUGGGAUAAAGCGAGUCCAAUGGAAAGGAAGCGCGCUUGUGCGCUAUUGAGGAAGAAAUGGAAGAAUUUAAGAUUGUAUUACCGAGACGUAGUAUUGAAAAGAUACAGUCCUAAUUUGGGAGGAAAGCAAGACAGAAAAUACGUGUACGCCGAACACUUAUCAUUCUUGUUGCCGAUCAUAAUGAAAUGUAAAACUAAAUUUGAGACUGUAAGUUGCAACGGCAGUACAGAGCCUAAUCCUGAACCCACUGAAUUCGAAACGGCUUACAUUCAAGUGAAGAUAGAGGGAGAAGAUGAUGACACAGAAGAGUUGCCGCUAGCUGAGCGAUCUGCUCAGUCCACUGGCCAUAGCAAACAAGAAAACACCGUGGAUUUAAAUGAUGAUGACACAUUAUUUUUACUGAGUCUCCAAAGUCACAUGAGAGAUAUGGAUAUGACAAAGAAAUUGGAUUUCAAGAUUUCCGUCAUGGAUGUCGUGAAGGAAUGUAUUCCAUUCGCUUGACAAUAAAAACAU